AUGGCAGCUCAAGUAUCUGUGCACAAGACGGCCGCCUUGACGAAUCCCUUAAAUUAUGCUUUAGCCUCUCAUCGACUCCAUCGCACUCUACAUACCUCCACGAAGCAACCCGUCGUCUUGGUGGCAUGCGGCUCCUUUAAUCCUAUCACAUACCACCACCUUCGGAUGUUUGAGAUCGCGAAGGAUUUCAUUCGGCAGAAUACCAAUUUUGAGAUUGUCGGUGGAUAUCUCAGCCCGGUCAGUGACGGGUACAAGAAAGCGGGUCUGGUCAGCGCACAUCAUCGGGUUAAAAUGUGUAUGCUCGCCACAGAGCAGGAGUCAUUGUGGCUAAUGGUCGAUUCCUGGGAGGCAUUGCAGAAUUAUCAACGCACAGCUGUUGUGCUUGAUCAUUUUGAUUACGAAAUUAACACGGUUCUUGGUGGCGUGUCCACUCGAGAUGGUGAACACCGUGAUGUUCAGAUCAUGCUCCUUGCUGGUUCAGACUUGAUUGGCACCAUGUCUGAGCCGGGCGUUUGGUCUCAUGAUGAUCUCGAUGAUAUUCUUGGACGCCAUGGAACGUUUGUCAUUGAGCGCACAGGGGCCUCCCUGGAUCAAGCGAUUGACAGCUUGGCGCGUUGGCGGAAUAACAUCUACCCUAUCGCUCAGCUAGUCCAGAACGAUGUUUCCUCGACGAAGGUACGGCUGUUCUUUCGCAGGGGUCUUUCGGUACAGUAUCUCCUCCCAGCGGCCGUCAUCGACUACAUAGAGCAGAACAAUCUAUAUCCAGACGACGGAUCGUGCAUGGAGAAGGACAAGGGCAAGGAUAGGGAGGGUGAAGAAGCCGGCACUGCUAGUUCAGAAAGCAACGAUGUACACGCUAUCCAGCCAACAUUGGGAACGGAGACGACAAGGUUAUCAACCAAUUAG